CUGUCAAAGUGUCAGAUUCGUGACGGUUUCGGAUGCGGUUCUGUCUGGCGAGUAUCGUUUCGGUGUGGCAGUACCGGGUGCCAUGGGAACCGGAAGGCAAACAAUUCAAAUUGAAAAGUGUGAAAAUGUCGGAGGAAUUGCAAAAGGCGGGACUUUAUAUCGAUGAUAUUUACUAUUUGCGAGUGCUAGAUCCGAAGAUCGCUACGGAGACAAAUGACUUGAAGGAAGAGUGCAACGAAUAUGCUGAAAAGCUACAGAACUUCAAAAGAAUCGCUGCUGACUUCCUUCAAACCGCUGAAAACUACUCAAAGGAUGUCGAACAAGAAAAGUUGCGCGCAAUUAACACUCAGAAUUUAUUGAAAACUGUUUCCAAGCAAAGAGAAGCCGAGCAGCAACAUUAUCAGGCACAAAUAUUGGAGCGGGCAAUGGAAUUGGAUCGCUUGAAAACUGAGUUUCAGUAUUUACAGCGCAUUGAAACGGAACAGCAGGAAAUUAUCAAUAAUUUCAUGCAGAAUCAAUAAAAAUGUUUAAAAAUGCA